AUGGAAGAGAGCCGAGGCCUCCAUGACAAUGAGACAAAUGAUACAGAGAGAUAUGAGAAUGAGACAGAGACGAGGCUUCCAUGUGAUGAAGAAGCAAGAGUUGAGAAAAAUGUGAGGGAUUUUAUAGAUGAAGAGGUUGAUUUGUUUGCUACACCAGUCGGCUCAGAUGAUGAUCAAGAUGCUAAUGAGGGAGAUGGCUAUCUCACCUACAAGAAAGGUAGUGGUGAGUUUCAGUUAAGACAAGCCUUUGAUAGUCUAGAGGCUUUUAAACAGGCGAUGGUAGAUUAUGUGUUAAAAAAUGGUUGGAAUGUGAAGUAUGUUCGUUGGGAUAAAGACAAAUCUGAAGCGAGAUGUGCUAGUGAAGCAGAAGAAGGAGAGGAAGAUUGUAUGUGGAGGAUAUACUGCUCCUAUGAAGAACCAUUACAAAAAUGGAUGGUUAAAGUCUAUGUUAAGGAUCAUAGUUGCAGUAAGAGUGGGUACUCUAAGCUGAUUACACAAGAGGUCAUUGCAAAGUUGUUUGUAAACGAUUUUAGAAACAAUCCCAACAUAAGGCCAAAGGACAUUAUGGAAGAAAUUCAGAAGCGUUGGAAAUUGACUGCGACCAUAGAUCAGUGUAGACAUGCAAAGAAAAAGGCUUUAGAGAUGAUCAAAGUGGAGCAUGAUCUACAAUUCUCAAGGCUUAGAGAUUACCGGCUGGAGUUGUUAGAGUCCAAUGAAGACUCAACAGUAGAGCUCGAGACACUUCAUGGAGAUGACGGUGAAGAUAUUUUCUACAGAUUUUACGUCUGCUUUGCUGCAUUGAAGAAGACUUGGUCUGCUCACUACCGACCGAUCUUUGGUCUUGACGCAUGCUUCCUCAAGUGCACAACAAAGGGUCAGUUGUUAGCAGCAGUUGGUAGAGAUGCAAAUAACCACAUGUUCCCUAUAGCAUGGGCUGUUGUUGACGUUGAGAGUGAAGACAAUUGGGUCUGGUUCAUUGAGAAGUUGCAGAACGAUUUAAACCUUUACAAUGGUGAAGGCUUUACAAUCAUAUCAGAUCGACAGAAGGGAUUACUUAAGGCGGUAUCAAAUCUCUUGCCAAUGGUUGAGCACAGGAUGUGUGCAAGACACAUAUACGCUAACUUGAAGAAGAAACAUCCACAUAGAGCAGACAUGAAAGGCUUAUUUUGGAAGGUUGCCAAGAGCUACAAUACGGCGCAGUACAACAGGAGAGUGGAUGCAGUGAAAGCAUAUGACAUGAGUGUAUAUGAUUCAAUGAUGGAGAAGAAUCCCAAAAACUGCAGCCUCGUCUACUUUACUCCUUCCUCGACUUGUGAUGACGUGAGCAACAACAUAUCAGAGUCUUUUAACCAUGCGAUUGAUCCAGCUAGAGCAAUGCCACUGGUGGAAAUGCUGGAAACAAUACGCAGAAAAGCUAUGUUACGCAUUGCGGCAAGGAAGCUGAUAUCAAUGAAUCACAGAGGGAAGUUCAGUAUUAAGGCAAUGGAAAAAGUCAGUAAGGAGCAAAAGAAAAUCCGUGGCUGCACUAUAUAUCCUUGCGGUUUUGAUGUGUUUGAGGUGCAGGAGAAAAACACUGCAUACAAAACGAAGAUGGUUGACCAAACUUGCACUUGUCGAAAGUGGGAGAUGUCGGGAUUGCCUUGCCGUCAUGCUCUGAAGAUUAUUUCUGUAAAGAAACGCAAGCAAGAGGAUUAUAUGGCAGAUUGUUACCUCACCUCGACAUGGAGAAAGCAGUAUGAAACACCCAUUGAAGCUGUCCGUGGGAUAACCUUUUGGGAAAAAUCAGUAGAUGCAGAGAUUGUUCCACCACCAGAAGAACCAGAGCAAUCAAGAGGAAGAAAGAAAAUUCCUAAGCGCAUAAAAGGGAGGAACGAGUCUCCAAGUAAGAAAAAGACCAAGGCUAGGAAUGAGUCACCUACAAAGGUUUCAAGGGAGAGAAGGAACAUUCAUUGUGGCCGAUGUGGAGAAGUAGGACAUAACGUAAGGAAGUGCAAACAAGUUGGAGUUCCGGUUCAAAGACCACCAAAGAAGAAGAAUGUCACACAAGAUGAAGGACCUAGUCAAGUGAUCGACUGA